AUGAUGAGGUGUUACUUCACCGUGAAUAGCAACGACGACACCCUCGCAGGAUACCGGUGGGGAGUCAUGCGGGUCAAUCGAUGUAUGGCAGCUCUGCUCGCCAACGGAUGGGGACACAAGAGCUGGGAAAUUUUCUUACUGGCACAAUUUGCCCGUUUUGCUGCCUUCGAAAUGCGGAGUUAUCAGAGGAUCCUUGAGCACUUGGGGAACGCGGGCGUACCCAUCAAGGAAGAGGGUUAG